GAGAAAAUGUGCAGGGUACACAUAAGUAUAAGAAAUUGAAAAGUUACAAAAACAAGAAAGCUUUCAGUCUCGCACAGGCCGGCGGACAAUUGUGUGCUCCUUUGGUCCUCUCCAAGCUCCGCCCGCCGUCGUGCAAGAUGGUGUCAAAAACAAGCGCAAACUGCACUGGUUACCAUGGUGACACAAACACAACCCCACACAAGACAGCCUGAAGUAGAAAACAAUUCGCUCGACUCAAACACAUAUCAUGACAGCAGGGGCGGUGGCGGCGCCGCGCAUCAUUCCCAUCAUGCAUCUGGACAGACUACGGGCAAAAAAUCACAUUGACACCAGUACACAUGUGUGCAUUCAGUCAGACACGCGAGACACGCAGGUCUUCUUCACGCUGGACGGCUCCAAGCCGCUCAGAGACCACGGGGGGUCAGGAAGAGUCAGUGGGCGGUACUGCGAGCCCUUCCUGCUGCCCGCCGGCCGCAUCUGCAUCCGCGCCGUGGCCGCCACCAGCGACGGCCGAGAGAGUUCCACCGUGACCAAAGUCUUCCUGGUCCAGCAGGAUGAGAAGGCGGAGCCAAGCAGACUUUCAUCUUACAUGCAGGAAGCCUGGCAUCAACAGCACUCUGCAGGUGACAAAGACUCACCUGUCAGCACACGCUCGGUAGAACAUCCUCUUUCUUCUUCAGGAUCCAAGAUAGCCACCUCUGCUCCACGUUUCCUCAGAAGUCGUCAGGCUGUGCCCGCUGCCACGCCGAGUGCUUCACCGAACCCCCAGCCUGAGGCUUUCCUGUGUGUUAGCGCGCAGGUUUGCUUCAGCAGACGAGACGCACGCAAAGACAAGCUGACUUCCUGCGGUAAGCCAGCUCCUGAGCACGUACACCUGUGCAGGAAGUACAUGUGUCUGUGUGUGUGUGUGUGUGUGUGUGUGUGUAGGUGUGCACACUGUGUGACCUUUCCACCAUCACACCCCAUGGCCACUUUCUGUACUCGGUGUGGCGUCACGCUGCCCCCUGCUGGAGGAGGACAGUUGGUGUGUUGUGUGUUGUGUAACACCCAAGUUCCUGUCAACACACCUUUUUGUUUGAUAUGCCACGCCUCCAUCAAGCAGCAGCUUCUCCACCAGUCCAGCCUGCAGGAUCACGUUGUGUGUUCAUGUUGUGGACAAAGGAAUCCAGCAGACAUGUCAAAGUGUUUGACGUGUGAGACUGAACUACACACGACAGCGUUGGAGACAAAUGGCGCCCCUCCAGUCCCAUCGACACACAACAGGAAGUUGACUUGCUCCAAAUGUAAACGACUGAACAACAAUGAUGCUCGUUACUGUGACUGGUGUGGCUGCAAGGUGCAGUGUGUCAGGAGUGUGUUGUGUGGUGCGUGUGGCACUAAUGGCGGCACACAUGACACCAGCGCUGCUCCCUUGACUUCCUGUGAUGACCUCAUACAACCUGCAGCUCAUCAGGCUGCUCAAACCACGCCCUCCUCUCUGAAGUUAGGCCCGCCCACUAGAGCACAGCACACACAGACGAUAGGACUACAUUACCCAUCAGCCACUGCACUGGGCAAAAAGCAGCAGACUGUCAGCAAACAAACACUUACUGCUAUCAGCCCAGGAAGAGGAUACUGGAGGAGGCAGCUGGAUCACGUGUGUGCUCACCUGAGGAGUUUUGCACAGAACAACGCCCCCUUCAGGACUCUGCUGGGAGAGCCCCGCCUUGGCAGGAUGGUUUCUGCGGUGCUUGAAGAAGACGCCCACGAGGUCAGUGUGACCAUCAGCUUCAUGGCGGCCUCACAGGAAGUCAGACAGGAAGUCAGGCGUGUGAGUUCCAACACCUUGAGCAGCGUGACAGAGAGGAGUGGAAGUGGACAGAAAACAAGUGUGACGGUGAGGGACAGUGUGCUGCAGGAAGUGGGUCCAGCAUGUGGUCACCAGCUCCUGGAUCAGGGGGCGGACCCACACUGCUGUGGAAGCGUCCUGGCCACCGCCACCGCCCAUCACCAAGCGCUUCCUGUGUUGGCAGACCAGCCAUCUGGAGCGGUGAAGACCACGGCGCUGCACCAGGCCGCCAUGCUGGCUUCUGCUCAGCUGUAAGGCGGCCACCAGCCUUCCAGACAAAGAUGGCGUACCACAUGGCGGUGCCAUCACGUCUCUGGACCCCGCCUCCUCUGGGCACACGUUGCCAUGACGACUAAAAGAUUGACUCAAAGCACACAGUUCUUAUCUCAUCUUUAUUGUUCAAAGA